AUGACGGUCGAGAUCACCAUCGAGGUCGACUACUAUCGCCCUGUCUACCUCGACGGCUCUAGCACAGUUCUUCUGCAGUCUCCUGUCUCACCUGAGCGCCAGCCCAGUACUGCGAUUCUCGUUCGGCAGGACCAGGGCCAAUACAAGAACGAAGUUAGCUUCAAACCAGCAGCCCAAGUCAAUAGAGUCAGCUCCGGUUCUCACAGCACCUACGCCCACGGGGUCCUCAUCCAGCCCCAACCGGAUCGAGGGUACCGCAAAGGUGAUCGAGUCUGGCUGACAGAGACAGCCCGCGAGGACAAGAACGUGUCAGUUCGGGACCAGACCAAUAUCGCUGCAGUGAAUCUGCGCACGGGGGCGGCCAUAACCGUGGCACUUGACGAUGUGUGCUGGAUCCCAAAGUUCCGCAAGAUCGACUGCGGUGAGGACGAGGAGGAACUCUUGACCAUCUCCGGCCCCCCAGUGAGAAAGCAGGAUAGGAAAAUAUACCUCCUAGCCAUUGUUCAGCGUUUACGUCUGAGUGACAAUGCCACUACCGUCGAAAGGGUCGAACUCCGGGAGAUUGUGGAGCAGGAUUCCUUCAAGUACCAAAAUUUGACAGCACUUCCCGACGGAAAGCGGAGGACCUCUGAACUAUUCCAUCGCAGUCUAGCAGCCGUGGCUCCAACAUUCUUCGAGAUGGGGCUUCAAAGACCAACUGCAACCCCGUCGAAUACGGGAAUGCCGCAGGUCGGGAGCGUCCCGGACCAGAGCAUCAGCUUGGCCACGCCACCACCUGAAGAGGAACUUUCAGAGGAUGCGUCUCCGAACUUCAGCAUCAGCCUCCCUCUCAACGAGGGUGAAGAUGACCCAGACGUGAGAAGGAAAAUGCAAGAGCUCCAACGCGUGGUCGAAGCCAAGAAAGCCCGGAAGUGCAAGCCUCUUAUCCCGGCUGGUCCGCCCCCGGCGGACAUAUGCAACCUGGGGGAGCGGUGCCCCACGCCGCACCGCGUAUUCUUCCACGCCAACCGGCCCAGCCUCGAGAACCCGUACCCGCGGCACUAUCACCGGCCGGACCACGAGUGCCCCAUCGGCGCGGCGCACGCGGUCCACUGCGUCUUCAGGUUCCUGGCGGGCAGGGACAUCGCGGACAAGAGGCUGUGCAUCAUCCCCGCCACCGUCAGGCACCACUGCUGUGAGACGAACGCGAGGCCCGUUAACAAGACGUUCCGACGGCGACCCGAGAUGAUUGACGGUGGGCAUGGCAGCGUGCAGGUGACCGGCGGCAGGGGCACCAUCAGCAUGGUGUCCGGGCGAGAGCUGGAGCUGGAGCACUGCGGCGUCCCCGUCGAGGUCCGCCCGAUGCCGUUCGUCCCCGAGCGGGACCUUGACGAGCUGGGCCGGCGCCUGUACGGGCACAAGGAGAAGGUCGGAGUGGCCGAGGACGAGGGUACCCGGCCCUCGUCCGACGACCACAUCGGCGACAGCAUUGAGGAGAAUGACGAGGCCGGCCAGUGUCGGCUGCAUACUGUCCCGGGCCUCUCACGGGAACACCAGCAGAUCCACCAGGGUCGGCCAUGCGUACUGGCUGAGCAGUCUCCUGGCCCGCGACCUGCUUCUGCCCGGAUGUCGCCGCGACCGGCCCCUGGCUCGGCUGCUUCCCGCCCGAUCGUCUUGGAAGAGCACGAAGACGAAGAAGAGCCUGAUGUCUUUGGGGACCGGCAUUUCUACGGCGACGACGACUUCGAUGAGGAGAUGGAUCUUGGUGACAAUUGA